ACGUUGCUGAACCGCGAAGUUGAUUGUUUUAGCUUGCACACGAUUCGUGCACCGGGAAACGAGAAAAAGAGAGAGGGAGUGAUAAAAAAAAGGAGGAGGGUAUGGUAGUGGGGUAACGUCACGACGCAUGUUCCGUACUAUCGAAUAUAUUCGAAUGACAGGUGGUGCGGCUUUACUGUCUCUCACUGUACGUGCUAUGCUACGCCGAGGUUAGUGCAAGUGUUCAUCGAGUUCGUGUGUGUUUAUUCCUUCUGUUUAUUUUGUUUAUUCGUGUCAAUUUGUGAUCGUGGAUAAAACCAUAAACAUAUAACAACGGAACGCACAUUUUUGGUAGGGUGUCGAGAGAGAGAGAGAGAGAGAGGGUAGAAGAAAAAACAGGAUUUGAGGAUAAAUAAAUAUAUUCUAGUGUCAUGAUCGCGCGUGGUGUUCAACGGAGUUGUCUGUAGAAGGUUUUUUGAGUCUUAUAUGAUGUAUCAUCCCGUGAAUUCGUACGAGCUGCCCAAGACAUUUGGCUCCGUAAGAAAAGCAUUAUUUGAAGGACGCACCAAUAGACGACGCAUAGAGCGGCGAGGAUUUUCGUUUUUGUGGUCCGGAAGCGAAGUUGGGACAUCUAUAUGGGGCAAUGCGUGUCUCGUAAGGCGGGCGCCGUCAUCGCAGCAUCCGAGCAUCACGGCUCGCCGUCAUACCGAAUUAUGGAGAAGCCCCCGAAGAAUCAAAACGAGAGCAAGGGUGCGACGAAGAGAGCGCCGUACACACGUGGCACAGCGACGUCAUUUGGUUUCCGCAGACGACCUUCAUCGGGAAUCCCGAUGCCCGUAGGGGCGUCCUACGGCAACGAUGGUACAGGAACGACGAUGCAUCAGCGUUCAAAGUCAGCGGGUCCGGAGCAAGAGCGUAGAAGGGACGAGGACAGUUGUCACCAGCGGUUCCACAGUUCGUCGUCGGGUCGCUCGACGCCGAGGCUCGCACCGCCCAAGAAAGAAGCUGCAUCGACGGUGAACGGACUGCGCACCAAUCGCUUUGGUUUUCGUCAGCCGCAGCCUCGAUACACCAACAAAGUUGGUGACAUUUCUAGCAGUCACAGCGCCAGUCAUUACAACCAAGAAAAAGUGAGUCAUCAGCAGCAUCAGUUGCUCCAAAAUCAUCAUCAGCAGCAGCAGCAGCAGCCUCAGCAAAUAUUCCAGCAGCAGCGCGACAUCCAUCAAGAAAGUUACGGGAUCGGUAGACAACUGGGACGCCCGGGGCACGAGCGUCAAUCUUACGUGACAGCACCGUCCUCGAAGCUGCGACCAUCACCUGUAAACAAUCCUCCGACGUACGCUCAUCAAACAGCCCCGAAUGCCGAGACCGAGCGACGCACUUCCGGGAUACCCGAACCCAUCAGCAAGUACACCCUCCACACUUCGCACUUGCCGCUGCCUCAAUUCGCCGUCAGAAUGAACGAGGCUAACCCCAAAGUGGCUAAAACCGUAGCCAAUCAGAGCAGAAAAGUGUCAACGACUUCUAAGGGCUCGAACAGCUCGAAGGAGGGCUCAGGCACCGAAGACUCGGGGCUUGGAAGCCAGCAGGGUUAUCCAGUCGAGCACGACAUCGCCCGGGACGCUGGUGUCGAUUAUCGCGACUCGGGGACAACGGCGCUCCGCAGAAACCACGGCAGACCGAGAAAUCUCCGAAUGGUACUCAGCGGUAAGAGCUUCGACGUCCGCGACGUCGAGGACGACAGUACGGUGACGGAAAUAUCCGUCAUACCUUUGCCAAAGUCUUUUGCAACCGGAGCCAACUUGAAUACCGGUUUCGUUCGAGAUCGCGCCGUUCAAUACCAGAGAGUACUGAACAAGGACAACAGAUACACCGAUUCGACGACUUCCAUGUCGACCACUUCGUCCGAGGGCUACGACGAAGGUCUCGGCGAAGAAAAAGUGUACAAAGACCGUUCCCACAACGAGAAAUUGGCCUCGAUAAAAUCGGACUUCAGUCCACCGAGCUCGGACGAUCCGGAAUACGGACACGGCGAAGCCAUGGCCGACGAGUACUCUCUCAGCUCCAGCGACGAAUGUCGCGGCAACAACAAUUCGCGCCAACAUCUCAAAACCAUUUCAAACGCUGCGAAAAGUGGCGCCCUACCAAAAAGUACCCUCCGCUCGGUUUUGCUGACCAUCGAAGAUCCCGCUUUCGCUGCUGCUGCCGCCACCACGACCAGCCUCAUCGACGACGAAACUUCACCCGUCGACAGCCUCGUCGAUAGUCUUACUGCGAGUAUCACACAGUCCGAUGGUAAAAAUUCGAGGAAAGAAUGCGUCAUGGAAAGGUCCGGAUGCACGUUGGAAGACGACAGCCCUGGGACUCCCACCAAUGCAUCCAACUCGCUCAGCCUCUCCGAGGGACGGGAAUUCUUUGAUGAUGAAAUCGCCGAUCAACCUGGACUCACUUUCGAUGACACCCUCAGAAACGGUGCCGAUACACAAUCGGUUGUUACCGCGAGCCAUCCUGUCACUGAAAACAGUCAUACACUCGUUGAAUCUGCUCCGAAAAGCAGUUUACUGCAGGGACGCAGCGUCGAAAACAGUCCGAUUCACGGCCGACGAAUCAGCCGUGCCGGAAGCGUCGGUACACUCUCACCCUGCGAAUCCAUCACUUCGGACGACCUCAUGCUCGACUACGAAUGCAGCGAGGAUCGCUCGUACGAUGAAUCGAACAGACGACUGGACUCGAAUACGGCUCUGCACGAGCUCGACGACGCAACUAUUAAGGACGUGAUGAGAGAAUGGAGUACAAUAAUGGGUACAGCUCAGAAUCAUUCCAAUUCGAAUUUGGCCAACAACAACGUCAGCACUGGCAACAAUAACAAUAAUCAUACGAACUCUGAAUCCGGGAUUGCCAAUGCAAGAACUUCGAGACUGUUGCGAAACAGAUCUGGCACCGAUUCACCGCGCUCGCUCGACAGCGUGCGAACCCGACAAGUUUCCAAUCCCUUCAGGCCAGUCUUCACGGGAAAUGUCCAAUCACCGAGUCUCGAUUCCGGUGACGAGGGCAGCCUCAGGGUUGAACGUUUCACUUAUCAUCAGGACAUUGUUUCCAUCAAGACUGAUCUGUUGAAACUCAUGCGAGUAGUUCAGGAGCCAGGAGAGAACGGUUUGACGAGGGCUGAAACUCUCAACCCAUUCAGCACGACUAUGGUGAAUGGCCUCUUUAACAACCUGAACGAAGAUGGAACUACGGACACGAGCACCAAUCCGAUUAACGGGAGUGUCAACGUUGCCGACGAACUGACAGACCUACGGAGACAAGUCGUUUUUCUACAAGGACAACUCGAAGACAAGGACAGAACGAUACAGCAACUUCAGAUGCAAAUAUCGAAGCAUCAAGAUCUCAGUCAGAGCAGCGCAUCGUCCAUGAACGGUAGUUCUUCCUUCAACAAAGACACGUGCAACGCAACAACGCAAACGGAAAAGAUGCGACCUGUAUCCGCUGGGCCUUCUUUACUGCAGUCACUUCCACAGGACAGUGGCAUGGGGCCUCUUGUUAGUUGGAGUGACUCGUGGAAUCGUCAACGUCCCCCAUCGCUCGCAGACAUCAACAUGACAAGGAAUCUUCGUAAGCCGAGCGACCGAUCGCCCCGUACGUCGAGACCUCGUCCUGACGAAACAGGAUCAAUACGACACAAUGGUUUUACAGAUAAAUCAUUAGCGGAAAGUCUAACGGUGAAGCGUCUUGUGAAACCAAGAGAAACGAUACCGAGCAGAUCGUUGGAUUUGAACGAUUUCGUUAAGACGAGCGUUUCAAAAGCGGAAAUAACACCGACCAAAACGUCCAUUCCAUCACCCAAAAAAUUAACGACGCCGACACAAAUACCGCGAGCGGCGCGAGCCGUAUCCGCGACAGGCCGAUCGCACAACUUAUAAAACUGUAGAACAAAAUACUGCGUUUUUUUGUUAUUUUUUUUCUUCUUUCCGUCGUUUUGUUUUUCGCUCUAGAACUAUAUUUGUAUGAAUUCAAUUGUCUUGGGUUUGUACACUCUAAAAGAUUGAUUUGUAUAUAAGAUGAAAGAGAUAGAUACGAAUUAAUUCAAUGUACGAAUUAAUGACUUCUUCAGUAUUUAAAAGAAAAAAAAACACAUUUUUGUAAAGUCACUGAACGGUUGGAGGAUCACGAGGACCUUGAGGAAUGUCUUCACAUUACAUUUGUUAGAUAUCUCAAUUUUCUCCUUAGACUUGGGAGUAAUUAAAUUCGUAUUACCACAUUCGUUUUGUUUUUUUGAUUCCACACGAUUCGAGUGAUCCUCUGAUCGUUGUCUCGUUUCGCUUAAUUUUUAAGUACUUGAUCUCAAAACUCAUAGAAAUCUUCAUACGACUAGUUCAUGGAUUAUCAUCGAAUCAUCGAAAAUUUCUUUUGGCAUAUUUAUUUUUUAUUAUUAUUUUUCAUGUAUUAAAAAGGGCCUCGCUGUGGAGGAUGCUCUAGACUGGAUCGUCCGAAGAGCUAACACGGCAAUUCGUAAACGCUGUUAUGAGUUUUUGUUUUAUUGUUUUGUUUUUAUUGAAAUUUAAAAAGCCAAAAGAUUAAUCAGUUCGAUUGUAGCGAAGAAAAGGUCAAGCUGCGUAUUGGCAUUUUACGUAGCACUUAUUCCGUUUUUUUUUUUUUUUUUUUUUUUAAUGAUCGUUAGAGCGAUUGUACAACUGUACAGUAUACGAGUCAGGGUAUCGCGUAGCAGUAAGCUCAAUUUGUUUAAUUUAUUCCGUUUUUUUUUACGUUGCAAUAUGUUAUUGUCCCAGGUGCUAUUUCUGUUCUGAUGCGAAGUCAUAUUUUCAAACGACAUUUAUAUUCUCUUGGUUCAUUUGAUUUGGACAGUUCAGCCAACAGUGCAAUAAAUAAUUUCAUGUGAAAUUUCAGGAGCCAAUCAUACUGGAUAAAAAAGUGUUUCAAUACUUAGAAACUUUGUCAUUGUCAACAAAAUAUAAAGUUCAUUAUCACUGAAUUUUUCGUAAACCAGUGCCAGUAUGUUGUACAUGUUUCAUUAGCACACACGUUCCUUUCAACCAUUAUUCAUAUUCCGAUUAAGAGUCAUUCUUGCCAGUGAUUUAUUCCGCGAGAAACUAAAUAUAAAAGAAAACAAAUGAAAAUAUUAUCGUUGAGAUAAAAUUGAAUUUCAAUGAUUCAAUCAUACAGUGUAGAAAAAGUACGCAGCGAGCGAUUCAAUAACCGGAGAAAAGAUGGAGCAAGAUUUUGUACGAUGAAAAAAUAUGAUAUGUAGGUAUAAUAGCGCUAGCUUUGAAUCGUCGCAAAAGAUAAAUAUUUGAGUUAUUCCAACGAUAGAAAUAUUUCCUCCGAAUUUGUGCUAAAUUACAACUGGUGAUUCUCGAAUAAAUUUUUGUUUCCUUCGUCUAAUAGGGUUAACGAAACUUGCGAGAAUACGAAUGUUUUUCGUUGAUCGUUAGUGACCUCAGAUUCAAUCUUUGUACAACCAGGAAAUCCUUUUUUUAACGGAUCAUACGUCGAUUACGUGAAUGUUUUCUGUUCAAGAUUCUUAUCUCCCAAAAAUUGCGUUUUAUUUGUAAACAAAAAUGAUAGGGAUGCAAAAACUGUCGUCGAGAUAAUGGGCAAAGUGAAACAAAAAACUGGCCGCUCAUGUUGGAAAACCGGAUGUUAAACAGAAUGAAAAUUGUACUAAUGAGAUAAAUCGACAUCUCGCAAAACUUUCCAUAGACCAGGACUCUAUGAACACUAUAAUCACGUGUAUCAAGGCAUCAAUUAAGCAGCCUUUAUCCUUUAUAACUCUAUUAAAAAUUCAAUGAAGAAACAAUUGAACCACAAAUUAAUAAUCGAUAUUUAUUAUCAAUGCAACACAAGCUGGAAUCGCAAUACAAUAAAGAGGCUUUUUGGAAAAGUUAUGAAUAACUUAUUUGGCGCAAGAUACCAUGUAAUCAUGACGAUCGAGGACGUACGAGGAUUCAGUUAAAUCGAUAAAUAUUUCAGAAAGGAUAGUUGCAAGUAUGUUAUUUCGGAAGAAAAACGAAAAGGAAACAAACGAUAUUCAUUAAAUAACGCGGUAAUGUGAAAUCCUAUUUCGAUAGUUCGAAACUGCGUGAAUACUCCAUCUUUUAAUGUCAAAGCUUCAUUAUCGAAAUUUAAAAAAUCGUCCUAUUUAAUCCUACUACAUCGUGUAGAUUUAGAAAUAGCCGAUGCCAUAUGUGGCACAGCCUGGAGAAUACAUUUGGAAAAGAACGAAUAAAGCGUAUUUAUUCAUAA